AUGACGUACAUCAGCCUCCAUUGCCGCGCCUACGACGAGGCUGCUGAGCUCUUUAACGAUCUGGCUACCAAGCUGACUGAUUCGCAAGCUGAUGCCGCCCUCGUUGCUCUCGAGCAGCAGCGGCGGCAUCGACUCGGCACCGUCUCGCUCCACGCCUCGCUCGACCUCUAG